AGUAUCGACCCGAGUCCUCUACGUCGGGCUGUCUGUAGUUGGCAGCGAAGUUUGGGGUUUCAGUCUCCCUCCGAGUCAUUUUCCUUAGUCGAAGGCGAAGCUCUGAACCUGAUUCCUCCUCCCCAGUUGAACGUCCACCACUACCAGAACAGCACCUUCUCCUUUCUUUUCUCUUUUCUUUGCAAUCUCGUCCAUUUUCAAAUUGCCCAUUUUUUCCUUCACGAAGGUAAAGCAAUUACCUCUACAUGGCUUCCAUCAUUAGGUGCCCAGCUCAAAUUGGCACUCAUUACUGAGUAUUUUCCUUCUUCUUGGCGCCUUCGUAUGCGAAUGGCUGCUUCAGUCGGCGCGUCUUUCUCCUGGGCUUCCUCUUCUAGCUCCCCACGUUGCUAUCGCAAAGACUUCAGGCUGCAGCGAAGUUUGGGUUGGAUUCCCAUUUUGAGCCAGAGAUUUGUGCACCAACAACUGCCUUACUGCCAAUGUAAGCCACAUCUUUUCCUCUAUGACAAAUACAAUGGAAAACAUUGGCUUUUCAGGAGACAAAUUUGUUUUGCUUCUAAUCCAGAAGAUAUCCACUCAUCCGCAGAAUUAGAUGUUGACCAACUGAAUGUUGAAGAAAAUAUUGAGACAAAAACUAUGUUAUUUGCUCACCAGAAGAGACAUGAAGGGAAGCCAGGCUUCAUUUCCUUUCAUGGUUUUUCUUAUGGAAGCAAGGAAGAAGCCACAGUAUCUUCUCCUGGAAAGGAAAAUUUACCCUUCUUUUGGUUUGUCGGACCAGCUGUCCUUGUUGCAUCAUUGGUUCUUCCAUCUCUUUACCUGAGAAGAAUAAUUUCAACUGUUUUUGAGGACUCUCUUUUGACAGAUUUUCUUAUUUUAUUCUUUACAGAAGCUCUGUUCUAUGCUGGAGUUGCUGUCUUCAUUCUACUAAUAGAGUAUAUGCAACGGAAACGUCCAUUAUCAAUAGCUAAAGGCAAAAGUCAGCUGACAACCAGAAAUGGACUUCGUGUUUCUUCUGUUGUGACGCUGGUACUGAGCUUGACAAUACCUUUAAUAACUAUGGGCUUUGUUUGGCCUUGGACUGGACCAGCUGCUUCAGCUACUCUUGCUCCAUAUCUAGUUGGACUUGUUGUGCAGUUUGCAUUUGAGCAAUUUUCCAAACACAGAAGGUCUCCUGCUUUCCUUGUUGUGCCGGUAAUUUUUCAGGUUUACAGGCUUCAUCAGCUGAACAGGGCAGCACAGCUAGUGACAGCUUUGUCCUAUUCAGUUAGAGGUGCAGAGGCAACACCACAGACUCUAGCCAUAAACAACUCACUGGGGACCCUAUUGAACGUCCUUCAGUUUCUUGGAGUCAUUUGUAUUUGGUCGCUGGCUACUUUCCUGAUGAGGGUCUUUCCUUCUUGGAUUCCUCCCUCCGACCAAUGAGGUCAUGGAUUUCUUUCAUUGUUGUACCUCUUUGGCGUAUGGUUUAUUUUGGUAAAGAUAAAAGCCAGAUACCUGGUAUGGUCGUUCAUGAAAAGAGAAGAAAGCUUUUCUUAAUUAAAGUUCGGGCCAACUGUUUCCUUGUACAUCGAAGUUAUAAUCAUCUGAUUCAAUUUUUAUCAUAUUA